AUGUCGGGCAAGCAGCAGGAGAAGGUCCUGGGCAUGCCGCCCUUCGUGGCCGACUUCCUGAUGGGCGGUGUCUCUGCCGCCGUCUCGAAGACCGCCGCCGCUCCCAUUGAGCGCAUCAAGCUCCUCAUCCAGAACCAGGAUGAGAUGAUCAAGGCUGGCCGUCUUGACCGCCGCUACACCGGCAUCAUUGACUGCUUUAAGCGCACCACUGCCGAUGAGGGUCUCCUCUCCCUCUGGCGUGGCAACACUGCCAACGUCAUCCGUUACUUCCCCACCCAGGCCCUGAACUUCGCUUUCCGCGAUAAGUUCAAGAAGAUGUUCGGCUACAAGAAGGACAAGGAUGGCUACUGGAAGUGGAUGGCCGGUAACCUGGCCUCCGGUGGUGCUGCUGGUGCUACCUCCCUCCUCUUCGUCUACUCCCUCGACUACGCUCGUACUCGUCUUGCCAACGACGCCAAGUCGGCCAAGAGCGGCGGUGAGCGCCAGUUCAACGGUCUCAUCGACGUCUACCGCAAGACCCUCAAGUCUGACGGUAUCGUCGGUCUCUACCGCGGCUUCGGUCCCUCGGUCGCUGGUAUCGUCGUCUACCGUGGUCUGUACUUCGGCAUGUACGACUCGAUCAAGCCUGUCGUCCUUGUCGGCCCUCUUGCCAACAACUUCCUUGCCUCGUUCCUGCUCGGCUGGUGCGUCACCACUGGCGCUGGUAUCGCUUCUUACCCUCUUGAUACCGUCCGUCGUCGCAUGAUGAUGACCUCUGGUGAGGCCGUCAAGUACAAGAGCUCGAUCGACGCCUUCUCUCAGAUUAUCAAGAAGGAGGGUGUUAAGUCUCUCUUCAAGGGUGCUGGUGCCAACAUCCUCCGUGGUGUUGCUGGCGCUGGUGUGCUCUCGAUCUAUGACCAGCUCCAGAUCCUUCUCUUCGGCAAGGCCUUCAAGGGCGGCUCCGGCUAA